GUCGCUCGAACGUCAAACAACAGCAGGCCUUUUCCAAACUUCCGUGUGGCUGCGAUAGAACGCAUUGCUGCGAGUAUGGCUCCGUCACGAAAGAACAAAGUUGUGAAGGAGGAAGUGCAGGUCUCCCUGGGGCCUCAGGUGCGGGAUGGUGAGAUCGUUUUUGGCGUGGCCCACAUCUACGCCAGCUUUAACGAUACUUUUGUCCACGUAACGGAUCUGUCGGGAAAGGAAACGAUUUCUCGAGUGACCGGUGGUAUGAAGGUGAAGGCCGAUCGUGACGAAGCCUCACCCUACGCCGCUAUGUUGGCUGCUCAGGAUGUAGCUGAAAAGUGUAAAUCACUCGGCAUAACCGCACUUCACAUCAAGCUGCGCGCUACAGGUGGUAAUCGAACGAAAACCCCUGGUCCUGGAGCACAGUCGGCUCUACGAGCGUUGGCUCGUUCCUCGAUGAAGAUUGGACGCAUCGAAGACGUUACUCCAAUCCCGUCUGAUUCCACCCGUCGGAAGGGCGGUCGCCGUGGUCGCCGACUGUAAGACCUGUGUAUACCUUUACUCUUUCAGUUUCUUCGGGUUUCAUGUGAAUCUUUACUUGAUCGUGAUCACUUAGCGUGUGCACUAUAAUUCGCAGUCUAAUAAAACCGUGAUUAGCUACA